CUUUGACAGCUGCUGGUUGCCCUGAUUGGCGAGCGGGGCUGAAUGGCCGCGGAGCUGCUGUUCGAAGUCGCCGCUUAAGAGCCGGGCGCGGCGCCCAAGGCUUGGAUGCGGAGGGCUGACAAUGAGCCAGAGUGAUGCCGGGGGAGAGGGAGCCCGCAUCGCCCCUCUCUGCGCCUCCUUCAAUCAGGACUGCACAUCUCUGGCAGUUGGUACUAUCUCUGGUUAUAAACUAUUUUCAUUGACUUCGGUGGACAGAUUGGAAGAAAUCUACAAAUGCACAGACACGCCCGAUGUGUAUAUUGUGGAACGGCUGUUUUCCAGCAGCCUGGUGGUCAUUGUCAGCCUCUCCACACCACAGAAGAUGAACGUUUACCAUUUCAAGAAAGGGACUGAGAUCUGCAACUACAGUUAUUCAAAUACCAUCCUCACUGUCAGGCUGAACAGACAGAGGUUGGUAGUUUGUUUGGAGGAGUCCAUUUACAUUCAUAACAUCAAGGACUUGAAGUUACUGAAAACUAUUCAGGAUAUACCACCAAACCGCACAGGACUCUGUGCACUUUCCAUCAAUCAUUCCAACUCAUACCUGGCAUAUCCUGGGAAUGCCACAAUAGGAGAGAUAGUGAUUUAUGAUGCAAAUAACUUGCACAGCAUUUCUGUAAUUCCUGCACACGAUGGUCCACUUGCAGCACUAACCUUCAACUGCACAGGUUCAAAACUGGCAAGUGCCUCGGAAAAGGGGACAGUUAUACGUGUCUUUUCCAUUCCUGAAGGAGAGAAACUCUACGAAUUCAGGAGAGGAAUGAAAAGGUAUGUAAAUAUUGGCUCACUGGCUUUCAGUGGAGACUCCCAGUUCCUGUCAGCAUCAAGUAAUACAGAAACUAUUCACAUCUUCAAACUUGAACAGCCCAGCCAGAGCAGGCCUCAGGAGGAAUCUCCUACUUGGAGUGGAUACAUGGGAAAGAUGUUUAUGGCAGCCACUAACUACCUCCCUACCCAAGUCUCGGGCAUAAUUAACCAGGAUCGAGCAUUUGCCACAGUACGUCUCAACUUCUCUGGGCAACGAAGCAUCUGUACACUUACGGUGAUACAGAAGUUACCUCGACUUCUUGUUGCUGCCUCGGAUGGAUUUCUCUACAUUUACAAUUUGGACCCUCAUGAUGGUGGAGAGUGUGUUCUGAUAAAGAAACACAGGCUGCACAAUGAAGAUGACAACAAUGACACUGCCAAAUCUGACUUGACACCUUCCACCUCACCAACCUAUGCAGCAACUGUUGCCAAAACCAGCUUAGUACCUUCGCCAUCGACAGCACCAGGAUAUUCUGAGGAUGGGGGGACUCUGCAUGGAGAGAUCAUUCCUGAACAUGAGUUUGCUGCUGGUCCAUUACAUCUGGAUGAUGAGACUGAAUUCCCUCCUGUGAGCAUACAGAAUAACUAAAGCCUGAGCCAACGCUUUGUCACUCAAGGAUUUAUUCAAGCCGAGGAAGCCACAGUGAAAAGAAGAAGAAGUUAUGAGACUGAGAGAAACAGGAUUAGAUUCGUGAGUGAAGAUAGUGAUUGUAGACUCCACGAUUUGAAGAACGGUCUGAAAUCGGUACGCAUUAGAUGGAAUAAUUAUUAUUCACAAAGAUCUUUUUAAAACAAAAUCCCCAUUAAUCAGGAGAAAGUGAGGACUGCAGAUGCUGGAGAUCAGAGCUGAAAAAUGUGUUGCUGGAAAAGCGCAGCAGGUCAGGCAGCAUCCAAGGAGCAGGAGAAUCGAUGUUUCGGGCAUAAGCCCUUCUUCAGGAAAUCCUAGUUGAUUUUAACCUACUGCGAAUCCUCUUGCAAGGAUGCCUUCCUUGAAGAAGCUCUCCCCAUUAAUCAGCCUUGUGUCUGCGACCAAUUAUAGUUGUCUUCAGGGAAUCAAAAUGAAUAUGUUAUAAGGAAAAAUGCACGACAAAACUAAUCUAAUUAACAACGUUACAUGGAACAGAAAUAUUAAUAAUUUUCUUAGUAUGGGUAUUUAAUCCUAUUACUUUGAAAGAUUUUAUUAUAUAGUAGUUACUCUUGAAAAUGUUGUCCAACAUGUAUUUUAUUAUUUUAUAUGUAUAUCUUAAACAUAUAUAAAUGUACCAAUUUAUCACCUCAAGCAGUGUCUUCAGCCAACCAGGCUGUCAGAAGUGCCUUUUCCAACUAUUUUAUUGUCAGAGCAUUUUGAAUGAAAUUGCACAAAAUUGUAAUGUUCAUCAAAUAAUGUAGCUAUAGAAAUAAAAU